GCGGCGACGCGUGAGGCGCGAGACUCCCCGCGUCUUGGGAGCAGUGUCCUGGCCCCCGCCGCUCCCGCCGCCGCCAUGUCGGGCCGGUCGGUUCGGGCCGAGACCCGCAGCCGGGCCAAGGACGACAUCAAGAAGGUGAUGGCGGCCAUCGAGAAAGUGCGGAAAUGGGAGAAAAAGUGGGUGACUGUGGGUGACACAUCCCUUCGGAUAUUUAAAUGGGUUCCUGUGACAGACAGCAAGGAGAAAGAAAAGUCAAAAUCCAACAGUUCAGCAACCCGGGAACCUAAUGGCUUUCCCUCUGAAGCCUCUGCCAAUCGCUCUCUCCUCCUUGAAUUCCAGGAUGAGAACAGCAACCAGAGCUCAGUGUCGGACGCCUAUCAGCUCAAGGUGGACAGCAGUACCAACUCGAGCCCCAGCCCCCAGCCAAGUGAGUCCCUGAGCCCAGCCCACACCUCCGACUUCCGCACAGAUGACUCCCAGCCCCCCACGCUGGGCCAGGAGACCUUAGAGGAGCCCUCCCUGCCUGCUUCGGAAGUUGCGGAUGAGCCCCCCACCCUCACAAAGGAAGAGCCAGUCCCUCUGGAAAUGCAGAUGGCAGAGGAAGAAGAAGACUCGGGAGCCCCACCCCUGAAGCGCUUUUGUGUAGACCAGCCAGACAUGCUGCAGCCUGGGGAGGUGCAGAGCACAUCGGAGAGCUAGCACCUCGUGCCCCCACACCUCCUGCCCGCCUCUAUUUAUUGCAUUCCGGCCCUAGCUGUGCCGCUGCUGGGCUGGGCAAGCACUGUGGUGCAGAGCCCACACAGGCAGCCUUCUGGGAGGGCUUGGGGUUGUAGCAAUCAUCUUCCUGUCCCUGGCACCUGAGAAGAGGAACCCCAGGGCCUUUUCAUACCCCAAGUAGGCUGGAGCACCAGCCACCCCAAGGUUCAUCUAUCACCUCCAAAGGAGCAUACUCGGCUUCCACCCCUGGGGACUGAGGCCCCUCUGCCUGGAAGAGGAGAUGGAAGGCACCUCUAGAGCAGAGCACGCCCCAGGUUACUUGAAGGUGAAUGGAGACUUCCAGCAGGGCCCAGGCCCUGCUGCUGUUGAGGAACUGGUGGAGACCAGGGAGGUAAGGGGGAGGCCCCUCAUCCUUGGUGGAGGUUCAAAGCUCAUGUGGAUUUCCUGUGCCCAGGCUUCCUGCCCAAGCCUAGGCAGCCCUGCCUCUGGGACAGCUAGCUGCUGACUGACUGUGCCUGCCAGAACUGCCAGACUCCCCCAACACAAACACAAACGCACUUACAUGCACUUACAUCUGGCCACACCAUGCAUUUCAUUCCAGCCACCCACCUCCCUCUGUGCUCCACCCCAAGAUGGACAGAUAGGAGGUUCUGACCACAGUACCUGCCUCACAGUACUCCCUCAGCUCACACUUUCUAGAGAGUUCCUUUUCUUUGAAAUCUGCAUGUUUAAUUGAACUUGGUGAUUUUAUUUUUUGUUUCAAAAAAGUUUAAGAAAAAUGGAAAUGGGCAACAACGAGCGAAGACUUAUUUUAGCACUGAAUAGAAUAUUUUUAAAAUUAAACUAUUUGAAAUAUG